AAGAUUAAAUCAACUUAUUUUAAAACUGUAUCUAUGACAGUAUGCAUCUUCUUUCAUUCACCGUCCCACUAACAUGAACACAUCGACAAACACCAACUGAUCAGAAAAAAUGGCAGGCAAGCAGAUCUCAAGAUCCAAGUACCGAAUCAUCCUCAUAGCACUCUCCAUACUCGGUUUCUCUCUCCUCAUCUUCCUCUCUUCUCUCUCUCCUCUCCGCAACUCCUCCCUUUCCUCCUCCGCCCAUUUCCACCUCCCCACUUCCCAAACCUCAUUCGUCGGCUCCCUCGAACAAUUCCUCGCCAAAACCCAAUCCUCACCCUCUCUCCCCGAUGACACAGUCCCCGAAUCAAUCACCGAUCAACACGUCAAGAAUCUCGACGAUGCAAUCUUUCAUUCCGAAACAUAUAGACUCUAUUCCGAUCCGUUUUACCCUAUUUCUCUUCCUCUUAGGGUUUACGUCUAUAACAUGCCCUCCAAAUUCACCUACGAUUUACUCUUGCUCUUUCAAAACACAUAUAGAGAUACCUCCAAUCUCACCUCCAAUGGUAGCCCCGUUCACCGUCUCAUCGAACAGCACUCUAUUGAUUACUGGCUUUGGGCUGAUCUCAUUGCUCCUCAAUCGGAAAGACUCUUGAAAAGCGUUGUUAGGGUUCAUCGACAAGAAGAUGCAGACUUGUUUUACAUACCUUUCUUCACCACUAUAAGCUUCUUCCUCUUGGAAAAACAACAAUGCAAGGCCCUUUAUAGGGAAGCUUUGAAGUGGAUUACAGAUCAACCUGCUUGGAAGCGCUCUGGUGGAAGGGAUCACAUAAUGCCUGUGCAUCAUCCGUGGUCUUUUAAAACUGUUAGGAGAUCUGUGAAGAAAGCAAUAUGGUUGUUGCCGGAUAUGGAUUCCACGGGGAACUGGUACAAGCCGGGGCAGGUUUAUCUCGAGAAAGAUCUGAUUCUUCCCUAUGUUGCCAAUGUUGAUUUUUGUGAUGCCGGGUGUUUGUCUGAAAUAAAUCCCAAGAGAAGCACACUUCUUUUCUUUCGGGGCCGCCUCAAAAGAAAUGCGGGAGGAAAGAUACGCUCUAUACUUGUUGCUCAAUUAAAGGGAGCUGAUGGUGUAAUUAUAGAGGAGGGGACUUCUGGAGAUGGGGGAAAAGAAGCAGCUCAAAAGGGCAUGCGCAGGUCUUUAUUUUGCCUAAACCCUGCUGGUGACACUCCAUCCUCUGCUAGAUUAUUUGAUGCCAUUGUUAGUGGCUGCAUUCCAGUUAUAGUAAGUGAUGAGCUGGAGCUUCCUUUCGAAGGCAUACUUGAUUACAGGAAGAUCGCUUUGUUUGUUUCAUCCAAUGACGCUCUCAAGCCAGGUUGGCUCUUGAAAUAUUUAAAAGACAUUCAACCUGCUCAUAUCAAAGAAUUGCAACAAAACCUUGCCAAGUACUCGAGGCAUUUCCUGUUUUCCAGUCCAGCUCAACCGUUGGGUCCUGAAGACUUGGUUUGGAAAAUGAUGGCCGGCAAGGUAGUGAACAUCAAGCUUCACUCCCGAAGAUCCCAACGUGUUGUGGAAGGAUCUCGAAAUGUGUGCACAUGUGAAUGCAGGCCUGGCAACAUUACUAAUACUGGAUCAACAAUCUCUUGAAACUUGAAUCACAUUGUACUAUUACUUGGUGUAGUUGUCUUAUUUUUUUAUAUAGUUGUCUUAUACGAAAGGCUAUUUUGUUGUACUAUUACUUGUUACUAACAUGAUAAAUAAUUUACAUGUUAUCUUCUGUAGUAUAUCAGCUUUAAAUGAAUGAAAAUGGAAAAGGAAGAUCAAAAUUACUUAUCGUCA